AAUCGCGGUCCCUCAGACGAGCAACAUGAACAGGAUCGUCCUCGUCCUCUCCUUGGCGGCCGUGGCGCUCGCCCAGCACCAUGCCCAGCUCCAGGGGCACCACGCCGCCCUGGGACUGUCGGCCGGGCUCCACGCCCCGAAGGAGGCCACGGAGGGAGUAGUGUCCACCUCCUGGACCGACGCCCGCCUGCAGCCCGCCGGUCGCUCGGCGUGGACCGCCAGCGCCGGUGCCGCCGGCCUCAGCGGCCUCGCCAUGGAGGCCAAGCUGGCACCCGCCGCCCGCGCCGCCUGGAGCCACGACGCCCACCUCAACGCUGACGCUCUGCGCGCGGACCAGAUCCUGGAGCAGCAGUACGAGAUGCAGCAGCCCGGCGGCUACCAGUACAGCUACAAGACCUCCAACGGCAUCGAGGCCGUGGAGCGCGCCGCUCUCAAGGCCGAGGAUGCCGAGCAGGUCGAGGGAACGUACUCGUGGGUGGCUCCCAGCGGCGAGAAGUUCUCCGUGGAGUACGUCGCCGACGAGACCGGCUACCACGCCAAGGGCGCCCACAUCCCCGAGAUCCCCGUCGCCAUCGCCCGCUCCCUGGAGUGGAACGCCGCCCACCCCGAGGAGGACAGCACCGCCGGCAUGUGGGAGGGAGCCGAGCGCGCCUCCGCCGGCCGCGCCGCCUGGGUGUCCAAGCACAGCGCCAACGUCCCCGCAUGGGAGUCCGCCGCCAAAAUUGAGUCCGCCAGGAACGGCUUUGCCUCCGGACGCUCUGCUUGGAACGCGGAUGCCGCCAGCGGCUUCGCCGGCAAUGCCGCCUCCAAGACCACCAAGUACACCGAGACCAGGACGCUGGUGAACCCUGCCGUCGCCACUUACACCGCCUCCGGUCUGGCCCCCGCCGCGCGCUCUGCCUGGGCGUCUGACUCCGCUUCCCAUGGUUUCACCGGCACCGGCUUCACCGGAACUGGAGCUACCCAGAUCACCAAGAUCACCGAGACCAAGCCUGCCUUCACCACCUACACCGCCUCCGGUCUGGCCCCCGCCGCGCGCUCUGCCUGGGCGUCUGACUCCGCUGCCCAUGGUUUCACCGGCACCGGCUUCACCGGAACUGGAGCUACCCAGAUCACCAAGAUCACCGAGACCAAGCCUGCCUUCACCACCUACACCGCCUCCGGUCUGGCCCCCGCCGCGCGUUCUGCCUGGGCGUCUGACGCCACCACCACUGGUUUCACCGGCACCGGUCUGACUGGAGCCACCCAGAUCACCAAGAUCACCGAGACCAAGCCUGCCUUCACCACCUACACCGCCUCCGGUCUGGCCCCCGCCGCGCGCUCUGCCUGGGCGUCUGACUCCGCUGCCCAUGGUUUCACCGGCACCGGCUUCACCGGAACUGGAGCUACCCAGAUCACCAAGAUCACCGAGACGAAGCCUGCCUUCACCACCUACACCGCCUCUGGCCUGGCCCCCGCCGCGCGUUCUGCCUGGGCUUCUGACGCCACCGCCACUGGUUUCACCGGCACCGGCCUGACUGGAGCCACCCAGAUCACCAAGAUCACCGAGACGAAGCCUGCCUUCACCACCUACACCGCCCCCGCCUUGACUGGCUCUUUCUAGGGCUGACUUGCAUUUGCUCUGUUCAACUAGCAGACGGUUGAGGCCGAUAUCCACACUCGGUUUCUGCAUCUCCAGGGCAGUCUCUCAAUGAAAUAAAAUUUUACAGUACUCCAUGAUAA